GACUGAAGCUAUAGAGUCUGGGCUGUUGCCACCCCGUACUAUUCACAGCGCCGACCGACUCCUGUACGCAAGGACAAGAUGGCCGGUUGGUUAGUACAAGCACUUGGCGUGCUCGCUCUCUCGGUGGCAUCCGCACACAGUUUGGGACUUAUGCCCCCUAUGUCGCCGAUCAUGCCUCUCGGAAAAGGGUUCGGAAAGAUGGGCUUCGGCAUGGGGAAAGUCGGUUUCCCAAUCCCAGGCAUGGGAAUUGGCGGAGGCAUGUUCCCGCCCAUGAAAGGAGGAUUCGGAGGAGGAGGAUUCCCAGGGGGUUUCGGGGGCGGGUUUGGAGGAGGGUACGGAGGAGGAGGCUUUGGAGGGGGCGGGGGCUUCGGAGGGGGCGGGGGAUUUGGAGGGGGCGGCGGAUUUGGAGGACAAGGAGGCGGCGGUUUCGGGCCCGGGUUGCUCACCUGCAUCGCCAAAGACCAGACAGAUCUUACGAGCCAGGUCCGGCUCACACUCACCCGGACUCGCCGCAUGGGCGGAGGAUUCGGUGGCGGCGGAUUUGGUGGCGGUUUCGGCGGGGGAUUCGGUGGGGGAUUCGGUGGCGAUGACGGCUUUUUUGAUGAUGAUCCUUUCGACGACGACAAUGGCAUGUUCGGUGAGGAUGGUGGUGGUGAUGACGACAGCGAGUUCAGGGUGGACGGUACCUUCGUGCCGGGUAUCGGCGUCACAAAGGCGGGAACCUACCUGGUCGUGAUCACCACGUACGGUCGUAUCGCUGACGGAUGUUCCGCCGAGUCCUUGGGUCCGAUCCUCAGCAUCAGAGGCGGCUUCGGAGGAGGAUACGGAGGAGGAUACGGCGGCGGUUACGGUGGCGGUUACGGCGGUGGUUUCGGCGGCGGGCCCUACAACAGGUUUGGCCAGAACUUCUGGCAAGGCGGCGGCGGCUACAACCAGCAACCGUUCGGACAGCUCUCAAACCCGGCCAUCAUAGGCGGAAGCGCCACUGUCUACUCCACUCACAUCACCGGCAUCUCCAGGAACAACCUCCUUGGUCGUGGCAUCGCUCUCUGCAGGGGAAUCAGCAACGGCCGCUGCCAGGGCUUCAUCCCCUACUGCUGCACCAUCCAGAGAGACAGCCUGUCUGCAAUGGAACUUUUCGUCGGCAACAACGAUGCUGACUCCGAUUUCGACUUCCCUCUAGGUGGAGGUGUUUCCACGGCGCCCUUCCCGCUCGGUGGCGGUGACGCUCUGGGUAUCCGGUCCGCGGGUGGUGCCGGCGGUUUGACCGGUGUGGCGACCACGGGUGGCCUCUUCCAGUGAGCACCCGACCCCCACGCCCCUUGCGAUGUCAUCAGAAAUCAAAGGGCCUGCGUAUUUUCACCAGCGUCAAGACCACUUUCUCAUCCUACCCCAGACAGCGAAGAUUGCCAUAGUUCUAAGUGAAAAACACUUAACGAAAAGAAAAAAAAACUUACUUCGACGCUCUCUUUUAGAAGGCGGGUUUGAGACUUGUGGGUCCUUAAAAAACAAACAAACAACGUACUGCCUCUUAAUCCCUCCUUGCCAAACGAUUAACACCUUUAAAAAUGGGGCCAUCAGAUUUAAGAAAUUGAAUCAGAAAAAGAACCCUAUAAGCAUCACUUCAUGAUUUCUAUUGUCCAAACCUUUACACGUAAAUUAAUAUCUUCACGAAUAGAAUAAUCUACUGUCACCACAACCAUCAUUUCUCGAUUAAUCAGUACAUCCGUACCACCACCGUUCAACGUUGCCAACUCUUUCUGACAAAGCUCCAAUAAAAAUCCUACUAACGUAUGGAGACAUUUCCCACACCCACCAAGGCCAGAUAUAAGCCGUAUCUCUUAAAAAUGUGGCAAAAGUUGAUUUUUCUUGAUCUUCUGUAACGCCGAGGUACCUUGGGGUGAGACUGUCUGUUCCCCCGCUCUUCCUCUGUAUCCCUCGCCCAAUCUUUUUCCCCAUUCAGUACAAUACAGCAUACAAUACAGCAUCUCCGCUGCUUGACAAAGUGAGUGUAUUGCCCUCUACUGCAAGAACAGUUUACCAAAUACCUACCCCCCCAAAAAAAAUUAAUUAAAAAAUCUCCCUCCCGUCCAAGCAAUAUGGCAUAAAACCUACUCCACAGCACUAUCAUACCUCCUCAUUUUAUGUGUUAGCGCUGAUUCUCAGACGUUUUCUUCUUUGCAGCACUAGCACAAACAAAUUAAAUGUAAUAAAUUAAAGCACUUAAGUUCACCUGUACCAGUUCCCUGUUGUCGAAUAUCUUUGCUAUACAAGCCUCAGGAAAGUUCCAUCCAGUUACUGACGAAUCUGAUUCUCAUUAUCUGUUAUCCUAGGCCCUUUAGGAUGUUCUGUUGAUCAAAGGUAAACAAUAACGACAGGUACAGUGGCCACCUAAAGAAUUUCCCCUUCGAAAAUGGCGUCAAUUUUAAGUGUCAUCCGAUCUUGAAUAAGGCUAGGGAAGGAAAACAAUAUAUUCGAGACAAUCAACCUUUACUAAUGUUUAUACUGCUGAAUGUGUUUGUCCUGAUGUCCUUGUCUUUUGCUGAAUAUUUGUUGAACCUUUUCUUACCACACGGUCGCACGCUCAUGCCGCUUUUGACAGUAUGAUGAUAUUAUCGUCACCUUGCCUUUCCAUGUUUGUUACAUUCCAUGUCGGUAUAAAUAUGAACGGGAAGGGUCGGUUUUGCAACCACAGCCCAUUACCGAAGGGUUGGUCUAAUUUCGAAUAAUGUUAUCCUACCCGCGCCUCAGUCAGGUGGUGUAUUCAUUUAUUAUUUUAUGACAACCGCUACAGUUUCUUUUUUUUGUGGAAAACUUUUGAUGUUCUCUUGUCAACACCUUUUAAAUUUUUCCGUUGCUUCAAUACUAAUUUCUGUCCCACCCUACUGCGAUAUUUCGCCCUGACCAC